CAACAACAACAACAACAAAAAAAAGACGGGAUUUUCAUCUGUUUUGUUCAGUGUUAUAUCAUGGCACCUAGAAUAGUAUCUGGCAAAUGGCAAGCACUCAGUUAAAAAAAAAAAAAAAAUGGCGGGAAUUAAAUGUAUUUGUCAUGUUUAUGAUAUUAGACACAAUACUGCAGUGAAUUUUAUGCCUAACAUCUUGGGCACACAUCCUAUUAGACUUGGGGUAAAAUUGCCAAGUUUUAGGAUUAGCUCAAACUUUAAGACAAUCCAGUUACUCCAAAAUAGUGACGUUACAUUUGCAGUCCUCCCAGCACAGUGCAAGAGUUUCUGGUGCCCCACGAAAGCUCCAACAUUUAGUGUCACACGACUUUUCCAGUUUUGCUAAUCUGAAGGGUGUGGGUGCUACUUCAUUUUAUUUUACUUUGCAUUAAAAUCAGUAAAUUAAAAGAUUGAUCAUCUUUUCAUGUUUGUUAGCCAUUUAUCUGUGACUUGCCUGUUCAUAUUCUUAGGACACAGGUUGUGUGCGUGUUCUCUCAUUCACGUAUCAGAACCAUUUGCUGUUUCUGUACAUUAAUUCUUUGACAGUGAUUGGCAUGGAACCCCAAGGCGGGUUUUUUCCUUUCAUUUUGAAAUAAGAUUUACAGGAUGUUGCAAAGAGUCCAGAGGAGGCCUCUGUGCCCUUCACUCAUGUCUUAGCCAUAGUAUGAUACCAAAUUCAGGAGACUGGUACUAGUUCAGUGCGUGUGUAUAGUUCUGUGUCAUUUUGUCCUGCGUGUAGAUUCGCAGGAGCAUCACUGGAAUCAGGAUACAAAGGCUCUUCCAUCGCGGCAGAGGCCUUGGUCCCGCUGCUCAUUUAGAGCCACACCCACCCCACUUCACCCUGUACCACCCCAGCCCCUGUGCCCACUACUCCACUCCCUCUCUAUAAUUAUGUCAUCUUGGCAACGUUGUGUAAAAGACAUUAUACAGCAUGUGAUCUUUUUCACUCAGCGUAAUACCCUUAAUAGCCACCCAAAUUGUUUUGUGUCUCUGUAGUUUGUUCCGUUUUACUGCUGAGUAGUAGCCCAUGGUAUAGAUGCACCACGGUUUGUUUACUCCCUGAAAGGAGUAAGCCGGGGCCCCUGCCCACGGGAGAAGCCUAUGUGGGUGCUCGUGGGUUGCUGUUAUAGCCAAGGGACGGCAGGAACUUCAGAAGAGACAGGAAGAGGAUAGAUGGUUUUCGGCCAUUGUCCUUGAAGGAAAACUGUGUAGCUGUGGAAGGAAUGGGAGGGGAAGCUGUCUUCCAGGUUUUCAACCCCUUGGGCAGCACGACAGAACCAGGAGGAGGAGUGUGGAGGGAAGCCCCUGACCUCCUUGCACGUUCUCCUUACAGACUCAUGGAGAGAUUUCUCAUGGACGGAUUGGUCCAACUUGUGUCCCAGUGCUCCCAAGACACCACCAAUCCCAUUACGCCGCAGCGGGAGCUCCUAAGAUGGCUUCUUGAAGCUUCCCAAGUGAUCCGUUGAGAACUGUGCAUGAAAAGAGCCCUGGCGCCUCCUGCUCCCUGCCCUGGGCCCCACCCCCAAGACUUUUGGGACACAGCAGGCCAGGAGCGGUUCCAAAGCAUGCACGCCUCCUACUACCACAAGGCCCACGCCUGCAUCAUGGUAUUUGAUGUGCAGAGGAAAAUCACCUACAAGAACCUGGGCACCUGGUAUACAGAGCUUCGGACGUUCAGGCCAGAGAUUCCGUGCAUCGUGGUGGCUAAUAAAAUCGAUGACAGGCCAGUGUCCUGCCUUCUCUCUACAGCAGACAUAAAGAUGACCCAAAAAAGCUUCAAUUUUGCCAGAAAGUUCUCUCUGCCCCUUUACUUUGUGUCAGCUGCUGAUGGUACGAACGUCGUGAAGCUCUUCAAUGAUGCAAUUCGAUUAGCUGUGUCUUACAAACAGAACUCCCGGGACUUCAUGGAUGAAGUUUUGCAGGAGCUUGAGCCUUGUUCACAGAACUUCGACUUGGAGCAGAAGGAGGAGGAUGCGCUGGACCAAGAGCAGCGUGGCACAACCAAGAGCCCAUCUCCCUCCUGAGUCACAGAAGGAGCGCUCUCCAUGGCUGACCAGGGGGAGGGAGGGUGUGCAGAACUCCUCUGCCGUCAGCAGUCCUUCACCUCUCAGUCGAGAAACUCCCAGGCCCUGCUCUGCUUCCUCUAAACCCACCCAUCCUGUUCGCCUCCCCACUUCCAUGACCCGUCCGCAGUAUUUCCCUCCCCUGCAGGCAGAGGCAGGGAUGGGGUGAGCACCAGCAGCCCCAUCCGCAGGUACAGGAUUCCACACCAGCCCCUGAGCCAGAAUUAGGGGUAGAGUAGCAUCAUAACCCUCCCCCAGGUUCUGUGGGACAGUGAAGAGAAUCAGGGAACAUUCUGUGUGUGUGGCUCUAAAAUAAAGGGAAAUUUAUGUUG